AUGGCCAACCCAGUACAGCCCCAGUUUCAAGACCCAGGCUCCACCUCACCCUUGGAGCUGCCUGAGAUGGAGAAGCUUCUCACUAAAGUGGAGAACAAGGAUGACAAAGCCCUGAGUCUGUCCAAGUCUCUGUCGGGGGCUCUGGACCUGGAGCAGAACGGCCACAGCCUGCCCUUCAAGGUCAUCUCCGAGGGCCACCGCCAGCACUCUCUCCCUGGCUCCCCUUCCCGGGCCAGCUCUCGGCGGGCAUCCUCUGUUGUGACCACCUCCUAUGCCCAGGACCAAGAAGCCCCCAAAGAUUACUUGGUCCUUGCCAUUGCUUCUUGCUUCUGCCCUGUCUGGCCCCUCAACCUCAUACCCCUCAUCUUUUCUAUCAUGUCUCGAAGUAGUGUGCAGCAGGGAGAUAUGGAUGGGGCACGGAGGCUGGGCCGCCUGGCACGGCUGCUUAGCAUCACCUUCAUCAUCCUGGGCAUCGUUAUCAUCAUUGUGGCUGUCACUGUCAACUUCACAGCUUUGGAGACUGAUGAUCAGGCCUCCUUGCUGUACAGUCAGGGUAGCCCAGAAAUAAGUGGCACGUUCAGAAGACAGCAGGAAGCAGCGCUGUUAGUACCUGAAGGUGGCCCAGGGCACUUGUCCGAGGUGGAAGCUUUUUCAGAGGACACUUUCAGAAGUAGCCACCGAGCUGUUUCUAGCGAGGCAGAUGCCGGCCAGCUGGAGAGCUCCGAACCCACACAUCCCCACACAUUAUAG